CAGCCCAUGAACGCAUCAGCACGCAGUGCGCGGUGGAUGAGGCGGAUUGUCCUCCGCAUGACGCGGAUCUUGCAGGCUGGAAACUGAAAAUGGGGAACGCUGAUACCAAACUUCAUUUCAGGAAAGCGGUGAUCCAGCUGACGACAAAAACACAGCCUGUUGAAGCUACAGAUGACGUGUUCUGGGAUCAGUUCUGGGUCGACUCUUCCAUCGCCGUCCAGGAUAUUUUUGCCCUGGUGCCUGCAGCUGAGAUCCGAGCUGUCAGAGAGGAGUCUCCGUCAAACCUGGCAACCCUUUGCUACAAGGCGGUGGAGAGGCUGGUCCAGUGUGCAGACUCCGGCUGUCCUUCAGAGAAGGAGCGUCAGAUUGUGGUGAACUGCACCCGGCUUCUCACCCGGAUCCUGCCCUACAUCUUCGAGGAUGCAGACUGGAGGGGCUUCUUCUGGUCCACCAUCCCUGGAGCCAGCAGAUCAGGGUGUUUGGAUGAAGACGUUGAUGAAAAUGAAGCUCGCCCGCUGGCCGAGUCUCUGCUGCUGGCCAUCGCUGACCUGCUCUUCUGUCCAGAUUUCACCAUCCAGAGCCACAAGAAGAGCAGCCCGGAUACAGCUGAGGACAUGCGAUCCAUGGACAGCUGUGAGUACAUCUGGGAGGCUGGGGUGGGCUUUGCUCAGUCACCCCCUCCGAACUACAUCCAUGAUCUGAACAGGACUGAACUUCUGAAGUUGCUUCUUACCUGCUUCUCUGAAGCCAUGUACCUCCCUCCUUCCACUGACAGCAGAGUCCCCAACCCCUGGGUCUCCUUCUUCUGCUCCUCAGAAAACAGACAUGCCCUGCCUCUGUUCACCUCCCUGCUCAACGUGGUGUGUGCCUAUGACCCUGUGGGCUACGGCAUCCCCUACAACCACCUGCUGUUCUCCGACUACCGGGAGCAGCUGGUGGAGCUGGCAGUCCAGAUCCUUAUCGUUACUCUGGAGCACGAAGCUGGAACAGCAGCAAGCGCCGCCCUGCGGGCUCUGGACGCCACCACAUCCCUUUCCGCUGAGGAGGGGCCGGAGGAAGCUGGACCAGAAAACCUCUUUGUGAAUUAUCUCUCCAGGAUUCACAGAGAAGAGGACUUGAGCUUUAUCCUCAAAGGUCUGGCCCAGCUGCUCAACAACCCCUUGAUCCAGACCUACCUUCCUCGAUCCACAAAGAAGAUCCAGUUCCACCAGGAGCUGUUCAUCCUGUUCUGGAAGUUCUGUGACUUCAACAAGAAAUUCCUAUUUUUUGUCCUAAAGAGCAGCGAUGUAUUGGAGAUGCUGGUUCCAAUUCUUUUCUACCUGAACGAUGCCAGAGCAGAUCAGUCUCGGGUGGGACUCAUGCAUAUCGGCGUGUUCAUCCUGCUGCUGUUGAGUGGAGAGAGAAACUUUGGUGUUCGUCUGAACAAGCCGUACACUCUUCGGGUGCCCAUGGACAUGCCUGUUUUCACAGGAACGCACGCCGACCUGCUCAUAGUGAUCUUUCAUAAAAUCAUCACCUGUGGACACCAACGACUCCAUCCUCUCUUUGACUGCCUGCUUACUAUCAUAGUGAACAUUUCACCUUACCUCAAGAGCCUGUCAAUGGUGGCAGCCAACAAGCUGCUCCACCUCCUGGAGGCCUUCUCUACACCCUGGUUCCUCCUGUCUGCCCCCCAGAAUCACCACCUGGUCUUCUUCCUGCUGGAGGUCUUCAACAACAUCAUCCAGUAUCAAUUUGAUGGUAAUUCCAACCUGGUGUACGCCAUCAUCCGUAAGAGGAAUGUGUUCCACCAGCUGGCCAACCUGCCGACUGACAGGACGUCGAUUCAGAAAGCCUUGCAGAAGAAGAAGUCAGGGAUUUCCAGAAUUAACUCUACAGACAAUGUGUCUAUGGAGGGCGCCAGACCUGCAGUACCUGCUGAGCCUGGCACACUCAAAGCCACCUUAGAGGCCACCCCAGGAAUUGAUAAGAUAACAGAGAAGUCUCAGGUAAGUGAGGAUGGGACAAUGGUUGCUGUGCCGCGCUCGCAGUCUCCACAGACACCUGCCGACAGUAGCGCCAUCGCCGCAGCCAGCGACACCGAAUCCAACUCAGAGAGAGACCAUGAGGCCUACUUCACACCAUCAGAGACAUCGAGGAGUCGGUUGUCGAGUGUCUCAUCAACAGCAGCAUGGAGCGCUAAUCCAGACUGGAUGUUGUCAUGGAAAGCCAAACUUCCUCUGCAGACCAUCAUGAGGCUGCUGCAAGUGCUGGUUCCUCAAGUGGAGAAGAUUUGCAUUGACAAGGGUUUAACUGAUGAGUCAGAAAUCCUGAAGUUCCUGCAGCACGGCACGCUGGUCGGCCUCCUGCCCGUCCCCCACCCCAUCCUCAUCAGAAAGUACCAAGCCAACGCUGGCACGGCCAUGUGGUUCCGCACCUACAUGUGGGGGGUCAUCUACUUACGCAACGUAGAUCCUCCGAUCUGGUACGACACUGACAUAAGGCUGUUUGAGAUCCAGAGGAUUUAGCUGCUGAGGAUGACCAUCACCUGUUUGUCUCACGUGCGAACUGUGCAGGUUUAUCUUCAUCACCUGGACCGGCCAGUUGGAAACAUUUCAUUCUCAUCAGUCGGCUUCUGUAAAAAUAAAGAAUGUCUAAAUGUGA